CCAGACUGACCAGGACCUGCACGGCCAAGGGACUGGACAGAUUAGUGUCGUAAACCUAGACAUGAAGAUUGAAGUACCGCUUCACUUCGAAAAGCGCAGGAACGAAACAUUCAUCAUCUGCUCGUACGAUGAAGGAAAAUGUGACUUUGAAUACCAGGGCUCGGUUGUGUUCGCUGCUGACAAUCUUAACGUUGGUGACCAAAAUAUAGCUUCUGACGUCGUCAGUUACUUAAAUGAAAACUGGCAACAAUCAUCUUUCGGCCAAGCAUUUGUCAACGAAUAUCUGAAGCUCUAUUACGCUUACACCAAGAGAUUCUUUGAGGGUGUGCCCACGAGAUUGUACAUCACCGACGACUUGACUCCCUACCUGCAAAACUAA